AUGACUGUGACAUACCCAACAGCACACACCACUCAAAUCCAGAACUCCCGCCUUCGAGUCCUCAACAAGCUCAAGGCGGGCGAGUUCCCUCUCAUGACAUUCAUGGCCCUGCCAUCAGUGCGCAUGGCCCAAAUCGUCGCACUAACCGGCGUGGACGGCAUAAUAAUUGACUGUGAACACGGCCACAUUGGCGACGAAGCCAUGCACAACUCCGUCGCAGCCAUCUCCUCCCUGGGCGUAUCCCCCGUCAUCCGCAUCCGCGGCCCAGCCCACGACAUCCUCAAGCGCGCCCUAGACACCGGUGCGCACGGUAUCAUGGUGCCACAAAUUAACAACGCCGACGAAGCCCGACAGGUCGUCGCGUCAUCCAAGUUCUCACCCCAGGGUGUGCGCGGCCAGGGCUCCGCAUUUCCCGCCAUCGGCCACGGCCUCACGACCCCCGAAUACAUGAAGUCCGCCAACGAAACGAUCGUCACCAUGAUCCAGAUCGAGACCCGCGCCGGUGUCGAGAAUGUGGAGGAGAUUGCUGCUGUUGAUGGCGUUGAUCUCAUCUUCAUUGGUCCUAACGACUUGGCUCAGUCCCUGCUUGGGUAUGUCCCUGCCCGUGGGGAUGAGCCUGAGUUUGUUGCUGCUGUUGAUAAGAUUAUCAAUGCGGCGAGUAAGCAUGGCAAGUGGGCUGGACGCAUGGUUAAUAAUGGGUCUGUGGCGAAGGAAGAGCGGAAGAGGUAUGAUACUGUUGCUAUUACUGGGGAUACUAAAGCUAUCUGA